AAAUUUAGGGAUCACGCGGGUGAACUGCGGUCCUUUGCCUCGAGCCUUCCCCUUGCCGCCGCCGCUGGCAUUGUUGAGUCCGCGGAAGCUGCCAUCCUCGCGCCAGUCGUCGUCCAUGAUGGAAAAUAGCAAUUUCGGGUAUGAAUUGUAAUGUUUGCGCUAAUCCAGAGAUCUACUGUGAUAUUUGCUUGUAACCUCACAAAUUGGAAGACGCGAACGAUGGCAGCUUUGACAGGACUGAGAGGAUAUCUGUGGGGCCAACGGUGGAACAUCCUGCUGACGACACAGUUCAUAUUUACGUGCGGCAUCGUGUACAACCGCUACCAAGAGAAUCAAGCUGCGUCGCCGGCUACAAAGCAGCCGCGACCGCUUCGUGAACGUGUGGACAAGCAGCAGAAGUAAUCGCAGCCACAAUAGACUUUGCUUCUGGGUAAGCAGUUCUUUUUUUCAAUUUUGGGGUCAAAUAGUGCACCGCGCAACAAACUACAUCGACACAGCAACACUACUGGUGCGUGGGUGCAGCAGCGGAGAAACUUCUAUGGUGAAAAUGUUACGAAUUCAGCUUGGCGUUCAACCUAUAAAGGAUAGUUAAUGGCGUUGUGGUUAUCUUCAUCAACAAGCGGGUAUAACGGCCCCGUGAUGCCACUGAUUGGGGCACUGCAAUCCACGGCCGACCAUGUUGAACCGCCAGCAACAGCGUUGGCUGGGUCCAUCAACUCUACUGAAUAGUCUGGCGAUGAAGAGAUGCUAAAGGAAUCAGUUGAGCCAUUUGCUAUUCUUUCCAAGUCGUGGCAGUAUAAGGACCCUCCAGCUAGAAUGGGUUGGCGCUGAGUCAGGUCUUCUACCCAUGGCCAAAAGUAGGAAAUGUCUGUGUCAGACAUGUAGAUCGUGGUGAGAGUUGACGACAGCCGGGUUACAUCGCGAGGAAGCUCACGGAUGUCAGUGCCUCCAAUACCCAGGUCAGUCAGUCCUUCGAUCUCAAAAAUCUCAGGCGGCAGUGUGCUAAUAGGAUUGCCCAUCAGGGACACGUAACUUGGCAUGAGGCGAAGCAGCGAUGCUGGUACAUUGCGUAGUUGGCUAUGCUCGAUGACAACGCACGAUCCUGGCAGCCACUUGGUGUCAAGGUCAUCAGGCACUUCCUUCAGGUUCGUGACGCACAUUUCAAUAUCGUACAAUUGCUGUGGGAUAUCGUUAGACAAGAACCCUGGCGGUAAAACUCCGUCCGUCGUAUUAACACGAACUACCAUGAGCGACAGAAGCCCAGGGUGAUUUGUGUUUGUAACAGCAACGGAAUCUCGCCAUUCGACGAUGGUUGAGUUAUAUAUUUUGAUGCUAAGAAGGCCAUGAAACUCAUUGAAAAUGUCGGGCACUUCGAGUGCGGGACAGUGUCGGAUCAGCAUCAUUACCACAGUGGAUCCAUCAAAUUCGUGCCAAUUCAAGUCCACUUCAUUCAAAUGACCAGAUAUGCCAAGCCGAUAGCAAUCCAAACAAAGUAAAAAGCACGACGGUCGUGAUACAGCCCACGGUCGAACCUGAAGGAUGCAUUGUGGUAGCGAUGUAUGCACAGAAGCUUGAAUAUGGAAAAAGAGAACCAUCAAUCCCCACACAAAGAAGAGGAAGUGUACUCCAUUGAUCGCUCCACGGCACAUUAGUUCUCGCACGGAUUUGACUGUGACCAUACUGUGCGGUAACGAACACUCCACAUUUUCUGGUACCCUCUUCUUCGCAGUAUCUCCACCGGCGGCUUUCACUUUCACCUUCACCUUUGUAGUAAUCGCCACUGUGGCAUCAGACACACGGUUUCCCCGUGUUGACCCUCGAUAAUAUAGUAGCUCUUUCAAGUUCGUCGUUGUCAUCAUCACUCCAAGCGAAAACACUGUUCGGCUGAAUAAGUCCGACCAGGACACAACAGCCACCAACUGAAAUUCAUUCAACGCUCGAGUUGCCCAUUCGUCAUUGUACCAAGGAUUUACAC